UCGAAAGAUGGAAACUGCGAAGUUUACCUCGGCAAAGAAGUCACGUUCUGCGCUCCUCGCACAGUUGACCAAAAUUAACAAUGAACUUGAGAGACAGAUGGUGUCUACAGAAAACGCUGAAAAGGUAAAACACUUAUACAAAAAUCUAUGUGACAGAUAUGAACAGUUUAAAAACGCUCAUUUUCACUGUCUGGAAUUAUGUGAUGAUCCCUCUAUCAUAGAAUUGUUGGAGACGAAUUAUUCUAGUCAGCAGAAAAAUCUAACGGAAUUCAACGAGCAUUAUUCCGAGUGGCAAAAACAGUCACUACAGUCGGGUCAAGAUGAUAAUAUAUCUACAAUAAGCAGAACGGGUACAGCACGGUCAUCUCGUGCGCAGUUACAAAAUGCAAAAGCGAAAAGACUGAUUGCAGAACAUAAACUAAGAACACUAAAAGUAAAACAAAAAAUAGAACAAGAGCAAAGGGAAUUAGAAAAUAAACGGCAAUUACUUGAACAAGAGAGCGAAUUAGAAGAAGCAAGGAUCGAGGAAUCUGUCUGGCAGGAAGAUAUCGAAUGUCCUGAUAAUAAUGGUGGUCGGAACUGUCCGGAAGUAGCACGUGACGUAUCCGUAUCCGUUAGCGGGCAGGAUUCAGCAGAAACGGUAAUUUCUCAUGACGAAAGCAAUGAUAAGUUGGAAGAUUUGACAUCCACAAAUAUAGAUACGGCUUUCUACAGGUUGGCAUUUACUUUGCAGGAAGGAUUUAAUGUGCCUAAACCGGAACUGUUGACAUUUAACGGAAGAGUGACAGAUUAUUGUAAAUUUAUAAAGAACUUCGAAACAAAUGUUGAGGAAAAAAUCAGUGACAGUAGGUUAAGAUUAAGUUAUCUUAUACAGUAUUGUGUAGGCGAGGCUAAAAGUUGUAUUGAGGACUGUGUUUUACUUGAUCCAGAUGAUGGUUACAGGCGUGCAAGGAAAAAUUUGCAAACUCGCUAUGACUAUGACGAUUUUGACGGUGUCUGGAUUGGCCUCAAUGACAUAGCAAAGGAGGGCGAAUUCGUUUGGUCUAAUGGUGGAAGCGUAUUGUUUGACAAACCGGUAAACUACAAUACUGUAGAUGCUGACUGUGUUUACUUCUAUAAUUAUGGGCUUGGGUACUCUAUAUCAAACAACUGGUAUGCCGCUUAUUGCAAUGGACCUACGUUUAACUACGUUUAUGAAAGGGGAUUGGCUGCUAAAUAGACGAGAGAGAUGUGUGCUUGGAGUGACUUAAACCGGACAACUCGACUUGGAAUAGUUUGACAUUGUCUCAAUGGACCCCGUGAUAUUAUGUGAAACCUUUUUUUUACAUUGUGUCAAUAUAUUGAAAUCUUUUUAUUAUAAUAUUUCAGUGGAUUGAAACCUUUUCCUAACAUUAUGUCGAUGGAUUAAAACUUUUUCUUACAUAAUGUCAGUGGAUUGAAACCUUUUCCUAACAUUAUGUCGAUGGAUUAAAACUUUUUCUUACAUAAUGUCAGUGGAUUGAAACCUUUUCUUUACAUUAUGUCAGUGGGUUGAACCAUUUUCCUUACAUCAUGUCAGCGGGUUGAAACUUUCUUUACAUUAUGUCAGUGAGUUGAAACCUUUUCUUUACAUUGUCAGUGGGUUGAAACAUUUUCUUUACAUUAUGUCAGUGGUUUUAAACAUUUUUUUUACAUUAUAUCAGUGGAUUGAAACUUUUUCUUUACAUUAUCUCAGUGGAUUGAAACUUUUUCUUUACAUUAAGACAGCGGGUUGAAACUGUUGCUUUACAUUAUGUCAGUGGGUUGAAACUUUCUUUACAUUAUAUCAGUGGAUUGAAACAAUUUCUUUACAUUAUGUCAGUGGGUUGAAACAGUUUCUUUACAUUAUGCCAGUGGGUUGAAACAUUUUCUUUACAUUAUGUCAGUGGAUUGAAACUUUCUUUACAUUAUGUCAGUGGAUUGAAACAUUUUCUUUACAUUAUGUUAGUGGGUUGAAACUUUCUUUACAUUAUGUCAGUGGAUUGAAACAUUUUCUUUACAUUAUGUCAGUGGGUUGAAACUUUAUUUACAUUAUGUCAGUGGAGUUGAAACUUUUUCUUUACAAUAUGUUAGUGGGUUGAAACAUUUUCUUUACAUUAUAUC